AUGGUAGGAACGCCUGAAAUUUUAGAACGUACCACGGAAGAUUCUAAAAUAUUAGGCGUUUCUUCCGUGGAUUCAGAAAAUGGCGGUGAUGGUGUGAAUUACAGUGGCCAUUUUCAAUCUGACACCGUGUUUCCUACUUUUGAUGCUGCUGUUGAAUGGGCGAAAGAUAUUUCGCGAACAAUCGGAUUUUUAUUCGUCUCAUCGUCGUACAAAAAAAUCACCGAUGGUCGGCCGUAUCGAUAUUUGGCUUGCGAUCGCAGUCGAAAGAAAAGGCCAAGAGAUUUGGAGAAUGUGAUUCGCAAGGACACUAAAACUAAGUCCGUUGGGUGUCCUUUCUACAUCAAGAUUUAUUAUGAGAGAAGCACCGAUGGUUGGAGGAUCCGUGCUAAAAAUGAUGUAAUCGGCACCCAUAAUCAUCCAUUCAUUGUGUAUCCUGAAGGUCAUCGACAAAUCAGCGGUCUUAGUGCAGGUGCAAAACAGGUUGUGCGUAACUUAACGAGGUCAAAGGUUGCGCCUUGUAAUAUCAUGGCAACCAUUAUUGAGCAAUUUCCUGAAGAUCAUCCAAACAUCAGGCAUAUCUACAAUUGUAGAAGUGACAUUAGAAUGGAGGAGUCUGAAGGAAGAGGAGUGGUUCAACAAUUUCUGCAUUUGGCUAGAGAGAGUCGAUACAUAUACUGGGUUAUGGUUGAUGACAUCGGCGUUUUACAACAUGCAUUCAUGGUGCAUCCGAUCACGUGCAACUUGUUACGCACAUAUUCGUACGUGAUUGGUAUGAACUCUACAUACAAGACAAACAGAUACGGCAUGCCAUUCUUUGAGAUAGUUGGGGUUACACCGACAAAUCAAAAUUUUCUUAUUGAAUAUGUCUUCAUGAGAAACGAGACACAGGCUAGUUAUCGAUGGGUGCUUUAG